AUGCAACGAGUUUUUGAAAGAUUCCGGAAUGAAGCAGAAUUGCUUGCAAUGGAAUCGAAUACUGAGGUUGAAAUUGUUGUCAAAUAUUCAUUCAAAGGAAAACCUGAAACGUCGUCUGUCCUUUUAAAUGAGCACAGCAGGUGGAAGAAUGGAACACAUGAGGUGCCACAUAACAAGAGCUCACAGAAACCAUUAAUAAAAUCAUCAGCAACUUAUGUAAAGAUCCGAAAUCCAGGAAGUCGGCCUCCACCGCUUAGCACAAAAAGCAAAAAAAAGAUUCGGGAACCAAAAAAUCGAAGUCCUGCACAAUCUUCCUCAAAUGAGACUCUAACUGCAAUUAGCAGAAGAGCAAAGAGAAGUCAAUCGAUGAUAUCAUGUGUGAUAGGAAGAUUCGUAGACGGCAGGUUUGAAUCAGCGGAAGUGCAGAAUAAAUCUGAGAAUGCCUUAUCAAAAGAUAUCAACAAGAAUGAGAAUUACUUCUCUAUUUCAAGAAAAAAAGUUCCGAAUGAUAUGUCAGAUAUAUGA